ACACGUGCUCAACAUAAAAGAUUCAUGGUGGCAAGAAGAAUUCAAGGAUACAACAGUAUAAAACACAGACACCCCUCUCCUCACCCAUACAUCCAUCCUCCUUAAUUUCACACACAAAACCUAUACUCUACACACACACACAAAUAAUCGAAUGAAGAUCCAAUGCGACAUGUGUGAGAAAAAAGAAGCCUCCGUUUACUGCACCGCCGAUGAAGCUUCCCUUUGUCACGCCUGCGACCGCCGUGUCCACCACGCCAACAAGCUCGCUAACAAACACCUCCGUUUCUCCCUCCACAACUCCUCCGAUCAACCUCCUCUAUGCGAUAUCUGUCAGGAAAAAAGAGCCUUUCUGUUUUGCAAAGAAGACAGAGCGAUUCUGUGUAAAUCAUGUGACAUUUCAAUUCACGGAGCAAACGAACACACACAGUAUCACAGUCGCUUUCUUCUCGCCGCAGUUAAGCUAUCCGAAUCGUCUUCCUGUUACGACAGUUCAUCGGAUCAAACUCUCUGCUCUUCGAUAUCUAAUGGAUCUAGCAGCAGAAAAAGCUCCAUUGUAUCCAAACAAUGUAACCUUAGAUCCACUACAAAUUCGACGUCUGUGAACGAUGGUUGUGUGAGCCGAGAAGACGGUGUUUCGAUGGAGGCCAGUAGCAUAACGGAGUAUUUAACGGAGACGUUACCAGGUUGGCAUGUUGAAGAAUUUAUGGACAGUAAUGUUUCCCAUCCGUACGGAAUGUUUGAGGGUUAUGAAGGAGGUGCAUGUACAUUGCCAUUUAUGGCACAUGAUACUGACAGCAAUGGAGAUUUGGGUUUUUUCUGGUCUGAAGAUUUGGGUAAUUUGGUAAAUUCGUCAUCUACUAUGGACCAUCACAUAUCAAGAAUACAAGAACAAGACAACUAUGGUAGAUUUCAUUCAAGAAAUAAGAAGUUUUGAUAUUUCAAAAAGUUUUAGAAUCAUCUCUGUUUUUUGAGGAGAUGGUGUGAGUUUUAUGGCUUUAAUGUAUCAUAAUUUGAAUGUUUGAUGAUGAUAUUUUAUCUAGUUCUUGUUUAUGUUGAGUCAAGAGUAAAGUUUAGUCACAAACAAACACCACUGGUUGCCAUGGUUGGAACCCAUCCUCGCUAUCUCGGGUCCUCAUGGGUUGUGGAUGGAAGUUGGAACCGUCCUUGCUAUCUCGGUUCCUCAUUGGUUGGAAACCGUCCUUGGGUUGCUCUUAGAUUCCAGGUUAUAACA